AUGUUAUCAGUACGCAGGUUUUCUAUGUGCGUUUUGAGGUCUCUACGGCUUCACCUUAAGAAAAUUGCUGUUAUUCUUCUCGCCGUUCAACUGCUGUUCAUUACUGUAUAUGUGCAGAAUCGUCAUUUAUCAAUUACUGAUGGGAAUUGGAAAUCGUUCACCACCCCGUUUUUCCAAUCGCCUACCGAUACUACCAAGAACGACACAUACGCUACUUUUGAUUUACGAUCGAAAGACAGUGUAACCAGACUUUACGAUAAAAUGAACUUUGACACUUCAGGCGAAUGGAUCGAUACGUAUACUUUGAAGAAUAAUCUUCUCACUAUGAAAAUGGGCUCGGAUAAAGGACAGGUUUUGGACUCGGUGGACGAGUUGAGAUACUACGAUAACGAUCCGCGGUUGGUAUGGUCAGUUGUUUUAGAUCACCUAUUGGCAUCCGACUCCAAUGAUUACGCCUUUUCUUGGUAUGAUUGGGCCAAUUUCGACUCGUUGAAUAAACUCAUCGCGUUAAAAGAUACAAACAUCUCUUGCCAAUUUCUUUGUGAAGGUGCUUUCGAUAAGAAUGUAAUGCAGAGGGUGGAGAAUGAAGUCCAAGAACCUUUAUUUGUCACCAACAGAAAUAAAUACGAUGAACCGCUCUGGUACAAUAGGGCAAGAAAGGGGUUCGAUUCUAACUCAGUGCAACAAAUCGUAAAUGACCACUGUAAAAGUAAUGACGCGUAUUCCAACGGUACACCUUUUGAACUGCCCUUUGUUAUCAGUGAAAUUUAUGAGAAGCUAAGACCGGAAGUCUAUGACUUGCAUGCUAGGAACCAUCUAUUAUAUUCUAACACAACACCAUUGUCACUAACUGUCCUGAAUAGCGAUAAAGAUGCAUACAGAAUUGAUUUGAAGAAAACAGACUCUUCCAAAUCAAAUAUCGUACAAUCCAAUCUCUUACAGGAUUACAUGCAAAGACACAGAAAAGAAAUGGUGAAUGGUGAUCUUAUUUUCAAUCACACUUCGAUUUUUGAAAAGUUUUUACGUCACAAAUCAACCAAGAAGCGGAAACUUGACAUUGCAGGUUUAGAUAAAACAAUAUUUGCUAAAGAAUAUUUAGACUUAUCACCAUCCGACUUUUGCUUCGAUGUCAAAGCGAAAAUCGCCGAAUUAGAGACUAGAUUAAGAUCUGAAAGCCUGUCUUUGCAUGAUACCUGUUACUUGCAAAGUUUGCAAACCUCCAUAAGAACUGCCCCCGCAUUACAGAAAAAAUAUUUUGCGGAGGCCAGCGACGUUACAGAUGCGACCGCUGAUGGUCAUCAUAGAGAUAAAAGAUUCUUCUCAAUUGGACACAAUCUCUUGAACGACCCUCAGGAGUUCGAAGCAAGAUUGAGUUCCUUGAUUAGAACGUUUCAGAAAUUCACCAAAGCCAAUGGGUUAAUUUCUUGGUUAUCACAUGGCACCUUGUACGGAUACUUAUACGAUGGGCUGAAAUUCCCCUGGGAUGUCGAUCACGAUUUGCAAAUGCCCAUCAAACAUCUACACUAUUUAAGCCAAUAUUUCAAUCAAUCGUUAAUAUUGGAAGAUCCAAGAGAAGGUAAUGGAAGAUACUUGCUAGAUGUAGGAAGUUCUAUUACCGUAAGAGUUCACGGAAAUGGUGAAAACAAUAUUGAUGCCCGCUUCAUCGAUAUUGAUUCGGGCAUAUAUAUUGAUAUCACUGGGCUUAGUGUUAGUUCCGAUGCGGCUAAGCAGUACAUGUCCAAAUUUGUAGAAGAAGAGGAAAGUUCAGAGAAAACAUUUCCUGCUCUUAUUGACGACUACGACUAUGAUGAAAAUGACAAUUUCGAUGAAGUUGAUGGUAGAGAAGACUUAGCCAAGUAUACCAUAAACGAACUAAAGGAAUGGGUUGACUCUCAUCCAGACGAUUUCACGAAUGCAGAAAGCAGCCAAGUGACAAAAACCUACAAAAAAGAGCUUCAUAUAUCGGGAGGCGAUUCUCCCGAAAAAGGUUUAUCUCCAAAACAAAGGUAUCUGGUGAAUGAAAAGUACAAUUUAUACAAUUGUAGAAACCAGCACUUUUCCAGUCUAAAAAUUUUAUCACCUCUAAGAAACACAAUGUUUAAUGGUGUGUCAGCAUUUGUUCCUAAUAGACCCAUAACAUCAUUGAACAAUGAGUAUAAGGUCCCCCCAAAAUACGGGUUUUUAACAUUUCAAGGAAGGGUGUAUUUACCUGAGUUUAGGUAUUGGUUUUCAUUUGCGGAUAUGAAAAAAUUUGGAAAUUUGCAACUGAGAGAGCCCAAGAUAACACGGCUGGAGAGUCCUUUAAAUGAUUUAAAGUUCAGUGACAUAAAGUUGUUACUAACAAACAUCGUGCAGUGUGAUUUUCAUUCCAUAUUUGCCAGCUUAUUCAAUUCCUUUGAUAGCACUAUUUACAGGCUCAAAGAACUAGAAAUACAGUAUGAUCUACGCUUGAGCGAGGAAGAAAAAAGUCAUCUAUUGGGGAUGCUUAGACAUGGAAUGUCAAAAAAUAUAAAAUCACCAGAGAAGGAUCCGAUAAUAUAUAUCUAUGAAAGAAAAUUAUGGGAACACGUAGAAAAAUUACUGAAUGCUUCAGUGCUUUACAAUAUCGCUUCGAAAGUUGAAAAUGAUAAAAUCAAAGCGUUCGUUGAAUUGUCUCAAAAAGUAUUUGAGAGAAAUCUCGAGAGUUUUCAACUUCUUGAUAGAGACAACAACGAUGCAGUGAUUGAUUUAAAUUCCAAAGGGCUGAACCUAUUUGGCGACAAUAAAAAAACCUCUAAUGAUAUAUUCGGUUCGGACCAAAAAUAUUAA